AUGGCCACGCCUCAAGCUCCAGACAACUCCCGAACAACCCCUCCAGAUGGAACAGGGGUGAUCCAGUCAGAUCCAUGGCUGGAACCGUUUCGUGAUGCGCUGAAGCGUAGAUUCAGCUUCGUCGAGGGCUGGAUCAACACGAUCCGCGAAACAGAAGGUGGUCUUGAGAAGUUUAGCAGGGGAUAUGAGACCUUCGGAAUCAAUGUCCAAGACAAUGGCGAUAUCACAUAUCGGGAAUGGGCCCCUAAUGCAGUUGAAGCAAGCCUUGUUGGAGAGUUUAAUAACUGGGAUGCCACAGCGACACCAAUGAAGAAGAACGAUUUCGGUGUUUGGGACGUUACUCUACCGGCGAAGAACGGUGCUCCAGCAAUUCCCCACAACAGCAAAAUCAAGGUUACAAUGCUUCUUCCUAGCGGCGAACGUAUCUUUCGGAUCCCUGCAUGGAUCAAGCGAGUGGUACAGGACUUGGAUGUAUCGCCAGUCUAUGAGGCUGUAUUUUGGAACCCACCGGCAUCCGAAAAGUAUAAAAUACAGCACCCACGGCCAAAGAAGCCUGAGAGCCUGCGGAUCUAUGAGGCUCACGUUGGGAUCUCCUCUCCGGAGACUCGAGUCGCAACAUACAAGGAGUUUACCAAGAACAUGCUUCCCCGGAUUAAGUAUCUAGGAUACAAUGCCAUUCAGCUGAUGGCCAUUAUGGAACAUGCCUACUAUGCCAGCUUUGGCUAUCAGGUAAACAAUUUUUUUGCUGCCAGUAGCCGUUAUGGCACUCCGGAAGACCUCAAGGAGCUCAUUGACACUGCCCACGGCAUGGGUCUGGUGGUCCUACUUGACGUUGUACACAGCCAUGCCUCCAAGAACGUCGAUGAUGGCCUGAAUAUGUUUGAUGGGACUGAUCAUCUAUACUUCCACGGGGGAAGCAAAGGAAAUCACAGCCUUUGGGACAGUCGCCUAUUUAACUACGGGCACCAUGAGGUGUUGCGAUUCCUCCUAAGCAACUUGCGUUUCUGGAUGGAGGAAUACCAAUUCGACGGUUUCCGGUUUGAUGGCGUGACCAGCAUGAUUUACACUCAUCAUGGCAUUGGAACUGGUUUCUCCGGAGGUUACCAUGAAUAUUUUGGCCCUGCAGUAGACGACGAAGGAGUCAUGUACCUAACUCUCGCCAACGAAAUGCUGCAUACUCUCUACCCCGACUGCAUUACUGUGGCCGAAGACGUCUCCGGCAUGCCUGCACUCUGCCUUCCGUACGCCACGGGAGGUGUAGGCUUCGAUUACCGUCUAGCCAUGGCCAUUCCGGACAUGUAUAUCAAAUGGCUGAAGGAAAAGCAAGAUAAUGAGUGGGACAUGGGCAGCCUUGCAUUCACUUUGACCAACCGUCGUCAUGGAGAGAAGACGAUUGCCUAUGCUGAGAGCCAUGAUCAAGCUCUGGUGGGUGACAAGACGCUCAUCUUCUGGCUGUGCGACAAGGAAAUGUACACCAACAUGUCCAUCCUCAGCCCUUUCACCCCGAUUAUCGAGCGCGGCAUGGCCUUGCACAAGAUGAUUCGACUGGUCACCCACGGACUAGGAGGCGAAGGCUACCUGAACUUCGAGGGUAACGAGUUCGGGCACCCGGAAUGGCUCGACUUCCCCCGCGAGGGCAACGACAACUCCUUCUGGUACGCGCGGCGCCAACUCAACCUGACCGAGGACCACCUACUACGAUACCGCUUCCUCAACGAGUUCGACCGUGCGAUGCAGCUCACAGAGGAAAAGUACGGCUGGCUGCACUCCCCGCAGGCGUACAUCAGCCUGAAGCACGAGGGCGACAAAGUGCUCGUCUUCGAGCGCGCAGGCCUCCUCUGGGUCUUCAAUUUCCACCCGUCCGACAGCUUCACCGACUACCGCGUCGGCGUCGACCAGCCAGGUACCUACCGCAUCGUCCUCGACACGGACGACAAGGACUUUGGCGGAUUCAGCCGCAACCUCAAAGAGACACGCUUCUUUACCACCAACGAGGCGUGGAAUAACAGAGCCAACUCCCUCCAGGUGUACAUUCCCACGAGGACAGCAUUGGUCCUCGCAUUGGAAAAUACCCUCUAA